CAUUUUCAGUCAGUCACUGAUUGAAUGCGGACUUGCAAUAUCGCGCUGUCGGGAGCUCUCUGGUGCCAAGAGAGCUGCUACCAAAAAUAUAAGUGAGAUGGUAUAAAAGUGCCACCAAGACUGCUGUGAAAAUGUGCUAAAGCAGAAAGUGGAAAAAAGUGAACCAACGGGAAAAUUUCUAUUUUCUUCAUUCUAUUUAUGGUGAACCUCAUUCUACCAGUGUCAAAUAUUUUCUCCUGAUAGGCUGAAAAUAGCCAACAUGCAGUGUCUGUGAAAAGUGUCCCAACGAAAAACUAAACUAGCGAAGAAAAAGUUUCCUUCUAAUAGUAGUGGCCAAGCAUAUGCAAGAUUGAAAUAGGAAAAUUGAGUGAUCAAGCGUGAAGUGCUGAAAAUAAAAGUAAAAGGUUAUACGGAUUCCCGCUUUAGCUCAAAUGUUUUUGGCUUAUUACCGGCCACUUUAUAGUUAGUGUUAGUUAUAUAUAGUGCGGGCAAAGUGCAUUUAAAUAGCGAGCAGUAUAGGCGAACUACGCCACACCGCCGAUAGCUGGGAAACUAAUAGCGAUAUCACCACCACUUCGGUUGCGCACAUAGAUAAUGACCGCAGCAGUUAUGGCAGCAGACGGAAGCUUUGACCCAGUAAUUUCAAAACUGAUCACAUCGCUGAAGGAGGCGGAAAGUCUAUCGGAAGAGCAGGAUCUGGGCUUUUUGCAAAACCUUCUCCAAUCCAAGGAACUCAACGCUCUGGUUAAUGUGCACAGCAAAGUGGCCAAAAUCAACAAGGAUGACCGGAUAGCACCGCUCCUGUCCGCGUCCAUGCAGGUACUCAUAGAAGUGUUAGAAUUGUUAGCGCCAAGAUGUCACAUUUCUCCACUAUGCAAGGAAGUGUUCCAUCUGUUGCAGACGCCACACUUACAGAGUCUCCUAUUCGCACAUGAUGCCAUUGCGCAGAAAGACUUUUUCCCACAUCUACCGGAGAUACCCGUCGAGGUGGACGAGGACGAGGAAACUAUCAAAAUCGUACAACUAGUGAAAAGUAACGAACCAUUGUGUGCUGGAGCACAAAGUGCGGAACCAAUUGUAGGUGCCACUAUCAAAACCGAUGAGGAAACGGGCAAAAUUAUCAUCGCACGAAUUAUGCAUGGAGGCGCAGCCGAUCGAUCCGGGUUGAUCCACGUGGGCGAUGAGGUUAUCGAAGUUAACAACAUCAACGUGGAAGGAAAAACUCCGGGUGACGUGCUGUCGAUACUGCAAAACUCGGAGGGAACCAUAACGUUCAAACUAGUGCCAUCCGAUGGCAAGUUGGAUCAGCGGGAAAGCAAGGUGCGUGUUAGAGCGUACUUCGAUUACGAACCGGAGAACGAUCCGUACAUCCCGUGCAAGGAAGCUGGAUUGGGAUUCGUGAAGGGAGAUAUUCUGCACAUCGUGUCACAGGACGACUCCUACUGGUGGCAGGCUCGGAGGGAAUGUGAAAAGACAACCCGAGCCGGUCUUAUUCCUAGCCGUGCUCUACAAGAGCGGCGAAUUUUACACGAACGCACUCAGAAAGAAUCCAACGGAGAAACCAAAAAAGGAUCAUGUGCCUCCAUCUGUACGACACCACCCGGUUCACCCAAUCCAAACAAUCCCUGUCGGGGACCAAAAACUAAAAAGAUUAUGUACGAUACAGCGGAAAACGAUGACUUUGAUCGGGAGUUGAUCGCCACCUACGAGGAGGUCGCUAAGCUGUACCCCAGGCCCAACGUGUACCGGCCAAUCGUGCUGAUCGGUUCGCCUGGUGUUGGCCGGAAUGAGCUGAAGCGGCGGCUUGUAGCUAGGGAUCCGGAGAAAUACAAAAGUCCAGUGCCAUACACAACUCGACCGGUGCGUCCAGGCGAGGUUGCCGGUCGGGAGUAUCUAUUCGUGACACGCGAAAAAAUGGAGAACGACAUUGCCAGCGGAAAGUUCAUCGAGCACGGAGAAUACAAGGGGCACCUAUACGGAACGUCCGGGGAAAGCGUGAAAAGUAUCGUGAAUGCGGGCUGCGUGUGUGUGCUCAGUCCGCACUACCAGGCGUUGAAAUCGCUGAGGACACCCCAGCUGAAGCCGUACAUCGUCCAUAUCCGACCACCGGCAUUCGACAAACUGAAGCAAAGUCGCACCAAGGCUCGUGCUCGUUCAACCUUUGACGAGUCGAAUUCAAGGGGAUUCACGGACGAAGAGUUCAACGAAAUGAUAAAAUCGGACGAAAGGAUCACUUUCCUGUACGGACACUUUUGCGAUGACGAAAUCGUCAACGGUGACCUGACGGAGGCGUUCGAGAAGCUGGUAAGUCUGGCCAACAAGGCAGAAACGGAACCGCUGUGGGCCCCGGUCAGUUGGGUGCAAUGAAGGCACAUUUGCUCUGCUGCCACCGAGCCGGAGUUUGUUGAGCUUACGUGAGCCGUGCGGAAGGAGGUGCUCGAAAAAUCGGUGUUCUGUUUUAUUGUUGCUACAACCAACGGGGAACUGCAGUACGUGUUUUUGUAUUAUAGUGGUUGAUUUAUUGUUUCUUUUUGCUCGCUCGUGUAUAAAAAAUAAGAACGCAAACCAAUCGGAGAAAAUAACUUUAGUGAGUUUGAUUUAGUUCUGAUAUUUCACUGUUUUGUUGAAAUUUAUCUUAAUAUUUUGCGCCGGAGACAUUGAUUUCUGGCGACCCACAGAGAACCAAACGUCCAUCUAGAAUAUAAUUUGCAAUUAUUUUGUAAUGUUUAGUGACAAAAUUUAGACACAAAUAUUUUUUCGUUGUCAGUGCAUUUUUGUUUUGGAAUGACUCCAGUGUGAAAUUUAUUUUAAAGAAAUUGUAUAUUACUGUUAGAAAAUGCCUAGAUUACCGAUACGCAUACCUAGUUUCAUAAUCUAAUGAAAGAUUUUGUCCGCUAAUACUUGAAUGAAUUUGAAAUUUAAGACAAUAUUUUAGUUUAGGUAACAUGAGUAUAAUCAAUGCGUUCCACACUGCCCUUGCAUUCAAAGAGAUGUGGUUAUCGAAUAUUCAACACUCUGGUUAAAUUCUUCAUAAAUUUUUAUACGGGAUAUCAUAAAUCAAGGUAAAACACCAACAGAGAUUAUACUUUCGAAAUCAGGAUUAGAAAUGAAUUUUUUUGAAGCUCCUUGCACAAUUCAGUGCGCCAACAGCUAUAGUAUCGCUCUUAUCUGUGUUUUUUGUGAAUUUGAGUGGCAUCAGCUUCAAACUGACUGCCAAACAAUAUAUUUUUAGGAAACCUCGGCCUUUGAGGCACUACUCAUUAUAAGACGUGUGAAACUUUUGUUUAGAUUUGCGCAAUAUUGGUGUUGAAAUAUGUUCCGUCAUUAAACGAUGGAAUCCCAUCAAUCUUAAUACUUCUUAAACAAAUUUCGGUAUGUUCGGGAAAUGCAUCGCUUUGCAGCGUGCGACUUGAAGCUUUUCAAUCCGAACUCCAUUCAUUUACCUGCUGAGCUUGAGCUUGAGUUUGUUUGAGCUUGUGCGACCACCCCUGGCUGUUACUCCGUUAUCGAUCUGGACUAACUGAAAUUGCACAGGGAUUCAGUAGACAAUUAUGCUUGAGAGUAGCAAAACAUCUUUCAAUGUGCAACUCCUGGUAAUCCUAUAGUGUUUAUUGAUCAAUACCGGCGCCGGCCAGGCCCGAACGUAGAUCGCGGAAGGAAUGUUAGUCCGAUACUUUCUUUUUCUAGAGGCCGUAUAUACUACUUUAUUUCCCUUCCGAAGGACGACGUGAAUUGAACCCACACCAACUGGAAUGCGCGGCGGUCACGCUUACCACUCAACCACCGGCUCCGUCCCAGACCCUCAUUCAUUUACUUACUGGACCACUCAAUCUACGUCCCUAGUCGAUAGUAUCGGAUUUCGUCUUUUUUUGUUUAGUUCAUUUUUUGACACUGCUCGAUGUGUGAGCUUUUAAGGACGCGACGACUCGCAUUAAAAUUAAAAAGACGGACAACAAAAGAUUUUGACCGGCAGUAGAAGUAGUCUUUGUAUGGUGGCAAGUUCAGCGGAUCAUUCCAAGGCAAUUGACGUAACGCAUAUCUUAUGAAUCUGCGCUGGACGGCUUCAAUUCUUUUGCUCCAAGUUGCAUGGUAGGGGCCCCAGACAACAUUUGCGAAUUCCAACUGUGAGCGCAUAAGUGAACAAUAUAACGCAUUAAAACAUAAAGGAUCCCGGAAUUUGUUGGAUAUUUUGGACAUGAAACCUAGUAGACGAUUUGCUUUGUCAAUGAGCGCUGAGAAAUGAUGGGUGUACGUUAGCCUUUCAUCUAGAAUGACGCCCAAACCUUUUACAUGUCAACGCGUUGCAGCUGAGUUCCAGCAAUGUUGUAGAAAGUAAACAUGUUCCUCGUUCGAUGAAAGCUGAUAACAAAGCAUUUGCAACACUAAGAACCAUCAUAUUUCUUUUAUACCAACUCUAAAAGGUAUCACCGAGUUACUGUAACUCACGGCAAUCGGCUUCUUUCCUUAUAACUAGAAAUAUUUUCAAGUCGUCGGCAAACAACAGUUUUCCUUCACGCAUUAAGAUGAAAACCACAUCAUUCACGAACAGUGAAAACAGUAGCGGACCAAGCGUACUACCUUGGGGAACUCCAGAAUGGUUGGAAAAGGUUACAGAUACAUUGUCACCAAUUUGGACGACUUUGCAGUGAACAAGGUAUGAUCGAAGCCAACGGCAGAAUCGAGUAAUGCAUCCAAGUUUAUCAAGCUUCGUAAACAGUAUCUCAUGGUUAGCAAUGUCGAAAACCUUCGCAAUGAAGUUAUUCCACGAUAAUUUUCGAUGUUGCAUUUGUCACCUUCUUUGUACACCAGAAACAUCACCGAACACUUCCAUUCAUUAGGAAAUUUAUGCUGCUGAAGUGACAUUUAAAAGGUAUGCCAGUAGGAUCGCUAAAAUAUCGGAACAUUUUUUUAGAAUUGCAGAGGGUAUUGUACUUACUCCUGGAUCAAACGACGAUUUAGUUUUCCGAAUUGCAGAGAGAACCGAUUGUCCUGAAAUUGUGAAUACAUCCAUGUCCAUAGCAUCAACGGAAACAUCACGAACCGCAUCUUCGAGCUCGAUAACAGAUGGCACAUUAGUUGUGAAAACACUCGAGAAGUAACUAUCAAAUAGUGAGCAUUUUUCCGCAGUCGUAGUCGCUUUUUCGUCAUUGUAAACCAUCUUAGAUGAGAGGUCAGCUUCUUUUCUUUUCGUGUUAACGAAAGACCAAAAGUCUUUCAGAUUUCUUCGUAAGUUUUUUAGAAUACGGUAUAUCCUUUGUAUUUUUUUGUAACUGCGAUACUCAUUACUGGCUAUUGCAAAGAAGCGCUUGAGAAAAGGACAUCAUUGAUUUGUGUACGCACGAACAGCUUUGGCACAAGUGUAAUAACGCUCCAACAAGGCUUCGAAAUAGUGUCGGGUUGUCGAAUCGUUUACUGUCCUCGUUAGACGACGUGUACCCUGGAUCCAUGGGGGCCUUGGAGGGGCGAUAAUUCUCCAUAUUGAGCUUACAAAGCCAAGUGCCGAUGUAGGCUGACAAAUUUUAACGUGUAGUAACAUCCCUCUCUCUCAAUUUCAUAGCCUUAGAAAUGACGUACGGAACCUAGCGAAGUAACGUCGAAUUUCUUUCGGAGGCUAUCAUAAACUUUGUGUCUGACUCACUUGUGCUGCCUAUUAACAGGUCGCUCACGUCGACCAAAAUUAUGGCCACCAACUGCUCAUAUAUAGAGACACGGGUCUGCAGUACUUGGCUUGAACUUUAACUCAAGUAGUACAGAGUGUAAUGCUUUGUUCCAGCAUCUGGCAGAUUGGCGCAAACCAUAAAUACUUUUGCGAAGUUUACAUACCUUUCUUUCGUACCACGUAAUAACAAAACCAGGAGGUUGCUGCAUAUACAACUGCACCAGCUGCCAGAGAAAAGCUGUUAGAUGUAACUCUCUGCUCUGACAGUAUUACGCAUGAGUUGGCAAACUAGCUCGUACCAAACGAUCUCGAACCGUUAUUAUCUGAUCAUAAGUACAUCGUCUUUGAUCAUUUAAACGUCUCGCUAGAUAUCGUCACAUAUCGACAUCCCAAAUCUACGAACUUUAACCUCUACGAAGAGACAAGCCCCAAACGACUAGGUUUCAGGGGUAUUUUCCAAUGAUUGAAUCUCCAAGUGACUUGGAUAAGGUCGUGGAUAAAAGAAACUCACUCAUAGUAGCAAUAUACCAAGAGGCUUGUCCGCUUCGAGUUAUGCGUGCUUCUAGAGAAACACCCUGGUGGAAUGCCGCACUUGUUUGACUCAAAAAGUUAUGCAGAAGUGCUUAGAAUCGCAGACGCAGGGGCGGGUCGGAAGCCUUUAAGUUGGCUCGCAAAGCAUAGAGAAAUUCCCCUCGAUCCUCUGAGCUAAGUGGUUGAAAAAGCCUCUGUCUCAAGUUACAACGAGACUAGCAGAUUAAAUAAGUUACUUUCGAAAUCGAAAGACUUUCAAGUCAGUUCGAUUAGAACUACUUAUGUUGAAUAGUCGUCUGACGAAGAUGUAGUACUCGACUGUCUUUUGACACACACUUUCUAGGCUGUACAGAGCCAUCACUGACGACUGCUCCUGAGUUCUUUUCAGGUAGUUCUGAUUCUUGGGCAUUUGCUCGUAGAUUUGUGACAAUCGAAUCGAUCAUAUGGGGCGAUUGAAAGUUUUGCUCCGUAUAAAUCUCCAGGAAACGAUGGAAUUAUUCCAGUUCUACUACAAAGAGGAUAUGAACACUUCAAGCAUAUUUUGUAAAUGGUUCUUACUUGUAAUCUUGCAACAGGAUACAUUCCAUUAGCGUGGCGGGAAAUAACUGCAAAAUUCAUUCCCAAAGGUGAUCGCGUCACUUAUGAGGAAGCAAAGAGCUUUAGACCGAUCAGUCUGACCUCCUUCCUUCUCAAAUCAGGGGAACAUUUAAUCGACCACUACAUUCGGAAUGUUACCUUGGGCGAGCUCCCACUACAUGCAAUGCAACAUGCAUAUCAGCGGGGGAAGACUACUACCACCCUGUUACACCCUGUUGUUGUCUACAGCAUUGAAAAAGUUUUUUUCACGAAAGCAUUCAAGUUUAGGAGAGUUUCUUGAUACUGAUGUGUCUUUCGAAUCCAUUUUGCAAACAGCACGAGGUCAUGGAGUACCUUCAUAUAUCAAGAACUGGAUACACGCAAUGCUUAGCAACCGACAUCUGUGCUCAUUGUUAAGACAGGUAGAGACAAGAAAACUGAGCGUCUGCGAAUGUCCUCAAGGUGGUCUGAUGUCACCACUUGUAUGGAACCUUGUUGAGGAAACUAAAUGAGCUUGUGUUUCUGGCAUAUGGUUUCGUCGACGAUUAUCGUAUAAUGAUCACCGGUAUUUGCAUUAACACACUUUUUGGUAUGAUGCAACAAACCUUAUGUGUUGCCAAGCAAUGGAGCUCGUCUGUUGCAGUUCAUUGACUCCGAAAUUAUUGUCGCAGAUCAAGUUAAGGAGGUUGGGGUAAUUCUUGACAGCUCACAUCGAUUUUAUAAUCAAGAAAACUUGCAUGGCCUUCGGCCAAUGUAGGCGGGCUUUCGGCAAAUCUUGGGAACUCAAACCCAAGUACAUUCAGUGUAUCUACACAACAAUUGUUAGACCAAUACAGGCAUACGGGUGUAUUGUUUGAUGGCAUGAGGGUGAAGUUAUGCUAAUCCUUAAUUGGAUUAAACCGGGUCGACAACACCUUCUGCUGCUCUAGAGGCACUCUUGAACAUAAAACCACUAAAUGUGUUGUGAAACAAGCACUUUCUUGUGUAUUCCGGGCUUUGGAACAGUAACCAAACAGAUCGUGCAACUAGCCACACAAGACUGUGGCCCCAAAUAAGUUUGCACUUGUUCCCAGUGUCCUUACACUAACAGGUAGCUUUCCUUUUAAAACUUUCAAUGUGCGAAUCCCUCCUCGUGAAGAAUGGCUGUCUGGCUGGAUAGAGUGCCAACUUGAAGAAUAUGUAAUUUGUUCUACUAACGGUUCUUUGUUGGAGGACCAAGCCGGUGCUGGUGUCUACUGUCGUGAAGUGAGAUUAAACCAGUCUCAUUCGCUUGGCAGAUACUGCUCCGUAUUCCAAGCAGAAAUCUUUGCGAUUCUUUGUGGCGUACAAUCGGCACUUGAACAGGGAAUUUGCGGCAAAAGAAUCUUUUUUUGUUCCGACAGUCAGGCUGUCCUAAAAGUGCUUAGUUCGGCAGAUUCGAGAUAGAAAUUCGAAUUGCGAACUCAAAACGAAGAAGUUAGCAUUUCAAAUGCUAUCUACCUUUUAUGGGUACCCGGUCAUUCCGGAAUUACUUGAAAUGAAUGGGCGGACGAGCUAGUUAAAGCGGGCACUACAACUGACUUCGCUGGUCCAGAACCAGUUUCACCACUUUCGAUUGGAUUGGAUAAAGCACAAGAUUCGCUCUUGGGCUGCAUGCAAAUGAUGACUUUUCUGCCGGAGGUGAGUCCGGAAAUGUCAAAGAAUUUGCUAAUUUUCUCCAUCCACAAUUGCAAUAUUCUGGUCAGGGCACUGACUGGACUCAAUUAUCGCAUGGCUACUAUUCAGCGUGCUGAGUAUUAUUCGUGCGAUCUUUGUGAAUCCGAUUACUGAACUUCUUGUCAUUUGAUAUGUAACUGCCCCGCAAUUGCACAUCCGGAUUUUUGGAUCUUCAUUUAUAGGUGAACCUAUGUACAGAGAGCUAAAGCUCAAUGAUAUGCUAUUGUUCCUAACCCAGUGUGGUAAGUAAAGAGCUAUAGUUUAAGCCAUAUUUGAAUGACAGUAUCUCUUCGGGGGUGUUGUCGUUCUAUCCCCUCGGGGUUGUUGAUAUAUCUGCUCCCUGUUUAAAUAAAAAUUCUAAAUCCUUCCAGGGAUUGGUAGUUUUAUUUCUGGUGCUGUAGCACCUGCAGAUCGUUCAGCAUCCUUUCGGGGGUGCAGAAUGCUCUGUUUUAGUUGUUCUGUGUAGUUAUUUUCCUUACCCGUAAAAACCCCCGUUUUCAAAAAUGCCGUUUUAUUCAAACCGAAGCGAGAGGAUCAGAGCGCAUUUCCGAAAGCACUCCUUCUGAGUGCAUAGCAAAGAUAGAAGAAAUGCUCUUGAGGCGACUAAGAUUAGUUGAUUCAUUUUUCCUCCUCCGUGAUUUCUGAUUCCAAAACGAACAACAACAGAUUAAGCGACGGCCAUAUACUGAAUACAUGAAAACGAAUUUUUUCAUUUAUAGAUUCAACCAGUCACAACAUUUUAGUCGCAACAGUGUUUUAAUAUGGCACGAAUUCCUCCCAUAAUAGUGAAAUUCGGUAUGCCAAUAAAAAUGAUAUCGCGUUAAAAUGACACGAAAAGAAAAACUGUCGUUGUCAGUAAAUGGAAAUAUUUUUUUUGUGUAGUACCCUUAAAUAUGAUGCCUAGUAUUCAUACUAAGAGUACAGAGGGCAAUGAUCUAAUACAGAAAUUCAAAUUGGGUGCAAUUCAUAACUUGUCAAUUAAAAUUAAAAUAGAGUUGCCAAUAUCGAGUAUUAUAUGUGAGUUUUGUUAAACGUUCAAUGCCUUAGCCAAUCGGAGCAGUGGUUCUUUUAUCCAUUUCUAUCUAUUUCCAACAAUAAAAAUAACACAACGAGUUUAAAUGGUUGCCCGGCGGAUCUCGCGCAAGCUCUUAGCUAUUGCACGUGGAUCCCUGUUUACGAGGCGGGGAAAUAUUUUUUCUUCACUAACUGCAUAUAGGGGGACGUUCAUAUCUAUCUCGCUGUUGAAUUCUUCCAUGUCAUCAUCGUGGUUGCUCCCUUUAUAGUCGCGAACAUCUGAUUUCUUCCUUGCUUGCAGCCUUUACGAGUGUGAAUUUUCUCAAUGAUUGUGCUGGCUGUAGAUUUUGAGUUACUUGACGCAGCUUUUGCGUUAUCAAUAUUAACUGAACAGGUGCCACAAAUUUGAUAAUUGUUUGUGUUCAGCGGUUUCUGGCCAGAGUAAACCGUAAUGUGCCGUUUUUCACAGAACUGUAACGUGCUAGUUUGUCAUUGAUAGGUGCAAAGAAUGCUAUGUGUUAUUGUACUAUCCCAUAAUGAUUUGUACUGCAUUUCUCCCAAAUGGGACAUGUAUCUGCAAGUAGGCGGUAUUCGAUCUAGUAACCGAACGUUAAUUCUCUUAGUGUCCAUAUAUGAGGCUCGUAAUUUUAGCAUUGUCACACAUAACCCUGUGAGUUAUAUUAUUCAAAAUGUAUGGUUUCGCCUGGGUCAAUUUGUUAAACGGUAUUAGCGCUUAAUACUUGACAUAGUAUAACUCGGUGAAAGUGUAAGUCUAAGCUCCAUUUUCACCUUCAGAGAAUGUUCGUCAUCACGAAUACUCGGUCUUAUGUGAGUCAUCAAUAAUCAUUGCACUAUUUCUUGCUUCUGCGACUCACUCAUCUCGACAGAUUUCUAGGGCCCGAAGUAUAGUAACAGUUUCCUUUGUUCUUCAGACAAGGCCCGCAAUAUAAAAGUAACUAUAUUUGUCGUUCGCUUCGCACUGAAGCAUAAACCACACUGAGUUUCGUGACUAUAGUUUUUUGUUGUUGGAAACAGCAAUCUUUUUCUCAAUAAUUUUUUUACACCAAAUGAGCUACAAAAUUGUUAAAAAUCGCUGAUAAUUUAGCCCCUAGCACCCCCUCCCCCUCCCUUCUCUAGCUACGUGCAUUUUAGUAGAUGUUUUGAAGCCUGAUAUCUUAUUUACAAGUUCUUGGGCCCCCUCCCGACUUUUUUAUGGCUACGAGUUCAAUUAUUUUUUCGAAAACAGUCUUUACUUGCAAAUGGAGCAGGAAAGCUUUUGUUGACUGAUUUCCCCUAUUUUGACUGCUGGUUUUAUGGCUGUAUAGUGCAAAGGGCAAAAAUGAAUUCAUAAUCAUAAAUUUGCAGCGUUUCGAUUUCAAGGUAAAUAUCUGUUGGUGACUAUAUACUAACCAUAAUCGCGUCUAGUUUCAACUUCGUUGAUAGCUUAACUAUAUAUCUAUUUGAAAAGUUGAGACCAACCGCUUUUCUCCCCAAGUAGUCUGCGUAGAAACACUGUACCCGAUAAUCAAGUCUACUUCGAUAAAACCCAGAGGAACAAUUCCUAUAAUAAAUAUUCCAACAUGCAUCGAGUAAACAAACAGAAAAAAAACUUGACCUUGCAGCAUUCUACUCGCAAAACAUAGAGUUGUAUAUUUUCCGACAAUUUUAAACCUUCAAACAUUUAGCCUGUCUAUUUAAACCGAAACGUUCUUUGACUUGCCGAUAGCAUAUAUAGUGUUGAGAAAAA